AUCGGCGGCAGCAGCAGCAGCAGCAGCAGCAGCAGCAAACUCUUCUCGAUUUCUCUCUUCUUUCUGGAGUUGUUUCUUGCUUGGAGCACAAACGCCAAGGAAAGUCAAAGGAGGAGGUGAUCAGGGGAUUGAUAGCUGCUAUAAAAACAAACAAAAAACAAACAAACGCAGACCUGGCUGCCCCCAUGCCUAUCGAAUUUGUUUGCAAAAUCAAGUUUGCAGAGGAGGAUGAGAAGCAGAAAAACAAGCAGGAUGGGGACAAGGAGAGUCUGAUCGAGGAGAGCUGCGCACCUCCGGCCAAGGAUUUGGCUGGGUUUGCAAACUCCUGCUCCCUACAUGGGAUUAAUCACAUCUUUGUCUCUGGACGACUUGGUAUCCGGCAGACUCUGUGGGCUCUUGCCUUCCUCACUUCACUGGCACUCUUUGUUUACCAGGCGGCGAAGUGUGCCAUCUCCUACCUGGAGCACCCCCACGUCACUGCCCUGAACGAAGAGGCGACCCCGGAGAUGGUUUUCCCUGCCGUGACCAUCUGCAACAUCAACCGCUUCCGCUUCUCCGCGCUCACCGAUGCCGACAUCUACCACCUGGCUAACUUGACGGGACUGCCCCCCAAAAACAGGGACGGGCACAAGCCCACCGAUCUAAUGUACCCUGCCCCUGACAUGCAGGACAUCUUCAACAGGACGGGACAUCAGCUGGACGAGAUGCUCAUGAGCUGCAACUUCAGCGGGCAGAACUGCUCAGCUGAGGAUUUCACCGUGGUUUACACCAGAUAUGGGAAAUGCUACACCUUUAAUGGAAACAAGACCACAUCCAGGAAGACCAAGCAAGGUGGAAUGGGAAAUGGUCUGGAGAUCAUGUUGGAUAUCCAGCAGGAUGAAUAUCUGCCAAUAUGGAGAGAGACAAAUGAGACGUCUCUGGAGGCCGGAAUCCGAGUUCAAAUCCACAGUCAGGAUGAGCCUCCCUACAUUCACCAGCUGGGCUUUGGCGUCUCUCCGGGAUUCCAGACCUUUGUUUCAUGUCAGGAGCAAAGGCUGACCUACCUGCCCCAGCCCUGGGGGAACUGCCGCUCCAGCAGCAAGGAAAAGUUCCCCGGAUACGACACGUAUAGCAUCAGCGCCUGUCGCCUGCUCUGCGAGACCAACGAGGUUGUGCGGGUGUGCAACUGCAGGAUGGUCCACAUGCCAGGAACCGCUGAUAUCUGUCCUCCUAAUAAAAUCAACUGCGUUGACAAGGCACUCGCACAGCUCCAGAAGACCAGCGGGGACACCUGUCCAUGCGAGACGCCCUGUAAUCUCACCCGUUACGGCAAAGAGCUCUCCAUGGUCAAAAUCCCCAGCAAGGGUUCAGCUCGCUAUCUCUCCAGGAAAUACGACAAGUCGGAAGACUACAUCAGAGACAAUUUCCUGGUAUUGGACAUCUUCUUUGAAGCUCUAAACUUUGAAACAAUAGAGCAAAAGAAAGCCUAUGACGUUGCGGGUUUAUUAGGUGACAUUGGCGGACAGAUGGGUCUUUUCAUUGGAGCCAGCAUCCUGACGAUUUUAGAAAUACUGGAUUAUAUCUAUGAGGUCUUCAAGCAACGGCUACAACGUGUACUGAGACCACGAAAGGAGGAAAAGAAGAGCGUGCCGCAACCGCCGCCCGCCACUGUUGCGACAGUGGGUCUGGAGGAGAUGAAAACAGAGGAGCCCAAUGCCAUGACGCGAAGUCAUCCAGAAGGAGCGUACGCCAACACGAUGCUACCCAAUCACCACCACCACCCUCACCAUCAUCUCACCGGACACCGCGGCGUGUUUGAGGACUUCACGUGCUAGAUCCGACCAUGGUUUCCCAUAUUUUUCUUUGCAUUGACGACCCGAGACAGAGAAGAGCAGUGUUUGGUUGCCAUCAAGGCGAGACGACCUGCAUUAAGCGGCGGUUCUUCGCUGUCAUCAGUGAAAAGCUCCAGCCAAAGUCAAACACCAAACUUGCGAUGCUAACGAAGCACUUGUAUGUACAGUAUGUAGGCACAAAUUGGACACUGCGUUACAUUUUGUUGUUUUGUAUUGUCGGGAUUGGAACCCUUUGAGUUUUCCUUGCUUCAAGUGGGAAAUCAGGCACUUUAUGUUCGCAUAGGACCAAUUUCCGAUACGUGGUUCCCUCCCUGAAAGGAAACAAGAGGAGUACUGCAUGACCCCUUGAUGCAAUUUAUACCCCCCAAAAAAGAACAAUAUGAUUUAUUUAUUGAUUUGUUGCUCUUUAAGCUUGAUCCAUGUUUCCUAAAGCCCUUUUUUCAUGGAGUACACACAGUACUGCUGCAUUGAGUCAUUGCAACAUUAUGAAAUAUCUAAUCAUUUAAAGAGGUACUAAGAUCUAUAGAUGUUCUAUAUUGUAUACAAGAUGAACUCGAAACUAAACAAAGCUCUUUUGUGCUAUAGUUAUUCAAAAUACAAAGGGGUUAUUGAAGUGGAAAUAGAAUUAUUAUUAUUUUUUUUUUAAUAUGAAGAUUGAAGCGGCAUCUUUCCACAUGAUACACGUAGUCUGAUUUGUGGCAAAGGUGUUAGAGAGAGUAGCAUUGUACAUUGUAACAUAAACAUUGUAAAUCCAAUGACAAGAACGCGAGAGAGAUUCUGUUUUAAUGGUUGUCGUUUAUAAUGCAUUAAUAUAUAACUUAAGUAAUCAUUUUGUUAUUUAUACAUUUUAGAGAAAUAAUUUUAUAUGCGAUCACGAUUGUAGCAAUCGCUGUACACUGAAAAUCUGCAGAUGAUCAAGAAUAUCAAUACAUUUGUACAGGUAAGAACAAUGACUAUGGAUUGUGAACUUUAUUUCCCUACACAGUAUGUCCUCUUUCUUAUACUGUACGUAACAGUACAAGUACAGUGGAGCCUCGAAAUUCAAACACCCAGGUGUUACAUUUGGGAAUGUUACCUACCAGAGUCAAACAAAGUGUGAGUGACCAUACGACUGGAAAUGGAACUGAUUGUAACAUAGGAAAACAGAGCAUAACAUACGUCACUGGCUCACAAUAAUUUGGCAAUAAUAUUCAAUCAUUCAUUCAUAUAUUUUUUAAAAAUACCAACGAAAUGUACAUGGGAAAGUGAAAUGCAUUUCAUUUCGAUGUGAAGAGACUCACCUCCAAAGCACAAGCCGAAAUGUCCUUUUUAUUCUUGCGGGGGAAAUUAAGUCUGACUUCUUCCCACCCCUUUUCGAACGUGUAUAUUUUAACUUUUUUUUCAAAUUUUGUUGUUUUUCCGUUAUGUUUUCACGUUUGAAAUAAACAAUUCAACUCCAUUUAAAACAUUCAAAUCAAAAUAAAAUGUUGACGCAUCACGCUCCAUCAUGUGUCAUCAAAGUCAAAGGACAUUUUACCGUACAUUAUCAUUUUUAGAAUUGCAAUUUUUAGCAUGUUAAAAGGUUUUUAUGCUGGUAACAGUUUGGACUGUGAUGCAAAAGCCCCCCAAAAAAAUCUCAGUUGUGUUCAACAUUUAGAGGUUCCACUGUACAUUCUUUUCUGAGCUGUCAACAAGAAGCCACACAAAUUUUAAGGAAUGAAAAGAUACACGGAGUAUGUGCAGGUGCUUUACAACUUUGAUGAGCAUAUUUAAAUGAGUAUGCAGAGAAGGAUGAUUGAGGAUCAACUACUUUUUUGCAGUAGCAGCAACAGUAAUUUAAUGUUUUUUUUUUUUUUUUUAAUCUGAACAAUGGAGGUGUGUAGCACCAGAGACAAUCAUUGUUAGGUUACUUCAGAGAGACAUCUGCAUUCCUGUACAUAUCCUAAUUUAACGGAUUUUAGUACUGGAUGCU